UUCUGCGUGGAUAUGGCCACCCAGCUGCUGCUGCUCCAUCCAGCCCAUCCGCAGACCACGUGACCUAGUUCUCCCGUGUCCUUCAGUAGUUCAUUCAGCAUGAUGGCUGCGGAUGCUGCGGAUGCUCUCUGCUGCAUCCUGCAUCCGCACCAGCUUUCUCUCUUACUUCUCACCGUCACCCUCUCCUCUCUGCCGGCCCCGACAGCAGCACUGCUCGGCGUCCGGCCGGAAGACACCCAGAGCGGAGAGUUGUCCGUGCAGGAUGGGGUACUGAGGGCGAUCGAGGGGACCCGCUUCAUACUGAGGGUUUACUACUCCACAUUUCCUGCUGCUGAGUAUCCCAACAGCCUGAACGUCAGCGGCAGACCUGACGCCGCUCCUGCCGCUCCGUGGAUCGCGUUCAUAGAGGAACCAGGUGGGGAAAGCGGGGACACGGAGAGGCGGUCCACAGGGAAUCCCUGCGAAGAGGAGAAUGCCCAGAGCUCAGACAUCGAGCUGCUGGGCUCUUUCAGAUCUGCCUCAAGUCACAACUCAGUUUUGGUGGAGCUGCUCGCGAAAGACCUGCGCAGAGGCGAGGGGAUCAAAUACUACUCCAUGUGCGCGUUUGAUGGAGUGAAAUGGGAACAUUUCAGCACCAAAGACUUCUGGUUGGCGGUGGUGGAGAGACCUCCAGAGGCAGAUGUUUGGCUCCAGGCAGGUGUCUCAGUACUCUUGUUAGCACUGUCUGCGCUCUGCAGCGGUCUGAACAUAAGCAUGCUGGCUCUGGACCCCGUGGAGCUGCGGGUCCUGCAAAACAGUGGCACAGAGAAGGAGCAGAAAUACGCACGAAAGAUAGAGUCGGUGCGUAAACAUGGAAACUACAUCCUUUGCACCGUGGUGCUUGGCAACGUGCUUACAAAUACAUGCUUUGUGGUGUGGAUGUGCCAGAUUUUAGGAAUGACAGCUCUCUCAACUGCCUCUUGUACUUUGGGGAUAUUCUUCAUUGGCGAGAUUUUACCUCACUCCCUGGCGUCCAGGCACAGUCUCGCCAUCGCCUCCAGGACCCUCUGCGCGACCCGCCUGCUGAUGCUGGUGUUUUUCCCCAUCGCCUACCCAGUCUCAAAGAUUUUGGACAUCCUGCUGCACCAAGAGAUUAGUAGCUUCUACACCAGGGAGAAGUUGGUGGCCAUGUUACGCGUCACAGAUCCGUACCACGACCUGGUCAAAGAGGAGCUCAACAUCAUACAGGGAGCCUUGGAGCUGAGGACCAAGACCGUGGAGGACGUGCUGACCCCGCUGUCGGACUGCUACAUGCUGUCCUCGGACGCCACGCUGGAUUUUUGCACCAUGUCGGACGUGAUGCAGAGCGGUUUCACCCGGAUUCCGGUCUACGAGAACGAGAGGUCCAACAUCGUGGACAUCCUGUUUGUCAAAGACUUGGCCUUCGUGGAUCCUGACGAUUGCACUCCCCUAAAAACUAUUACUCAGUUUUACAAGCAUCCCAUGCACUGCGUGUUCAACGACACCAAACUGGAUGUGAUGCUGGAGGAAUUUAAGAGAGGCAAGUCCCACCUGGCUGUGGUGCAGAGGGUGAACAGCGAAGGUGAGGGAGACCCCUUCUAUGAAGUGAUGGGCAUCGUCACCCUGGAGGACGUCAUAGAAGAGAUCAUCAAGUCUGAGAUUGUGGAUGAGACAGACCUGUUUACUGAUAAUCGGAACAGAAGACGUGUGUCCAACCACGAGAGGAAACAGCAGGAUUUCUCGAUCUUCAAACUGGCAGAAAAUGAGCUGAAGGUGAAGAUUUCACCCCAGUUGCUGCUCGCAACACACCGCUUCUUGGCAACAGAGGUGGAGCCUUUUAGGCUGUGUCACCUGUCAGAGAAGGUCUUGUUGCGUCUCAUCAAACAUCCCAGCAUUGUGCAGGAACUCAAGUUCAACCCCAAGAACAAACACGCUCCUCAACACUACCUCUUUCAGAGAAACAAACCUGUGGACUAUUUUGUCCUCGUUCUGCAGGGACGAGUGGAGGUAGAGAUAGGAAAAGAGGCUCUACGCUUUGAAAAUGGAGCGUUUUCCUGUUAUGGCAUGCCAGCACUCAUCAUGCCCUUGCCUAUUGGUCCGAGGUAUAGUUCCCGAGGCAGUGGUCUGAACCAAUCAGAUUCAUUACUGAGUGGAGGCAGUGUGGGACAGCUCACUACAGGAGGAGGGGUCUACUUACCAGACUACUCCGUUCGACAGCUCACAGACCUGCAGAUCAUUAAGAUCACCAGGAACCACUACCAGAACGCCCUCAUGGCCACCAGGAUGGACAGCUCCCCUCAGACUCCAGACCCGGUUUAUCUCGAUGCUAAAGGGAGGCCUGCGGUCCCAGAGGUCCGCUCGCACAGCAUCGCCCUCCCCCUCACACACACGCACACUCGUCUGGGGCUGGCACGCCUUGCACAUCUCCAUCCCCACGGUGGCCUUCGCAACACCUCCCAGCUCAAUGAAAGAAACCGUAUCGUCCGCAGUAAAUCCGAUGGGCAGAGGAGUCCAAAUGAUACGGCGUUCCUCCGCAUGGAUGAGAUUCCCUACAUCCAUGAGGACCGGCCGGAAUAUUAUGGAGAGAAUGACGUGCCUACAGAGUCCCAACCCUCCACCUCUCCCUUCAUCAGCUCCCUGUCUCUGUCCAGCUCGGAGGAGAACAUUGGGAAGAAGCUGUUGCGUAAAUUGAGCAACAAGAGGAGGAAAAAGUCUCGGGACAGAGAACAGAGUUUGGAGGAAGGUUCAGAGCAACCACCAGUGACGAGCUAGCACAGUGACACUGAGGAGGAGGAGGGAUGAAGCUUCUUACUCUUCAUCACUCACUGGUUCUCCUUAUUAAGCAACACCCCCCUCAUAGACUCCCUCCAUGCUCUGACACAGCUCUCACAGGAGACUGAGCCAUUCUCAUGUGAUGUAGCCACCAGUAACACUCAGGUCCCCACUGGCACACUCUGUCCCACCUCUGCCUGACUUCACACCCUUAAAGGGAUUGCUGAUAAUAAGGGGGACAGAUCUGAAAAAAGCUUGAUUGGACAAAUCUAAACAACAUAGUCUUGGAUUUAUCCAGCCUUACACUGGACUGCAUGGAGAUUUUAAUCACAUGUUUUUGUAGUAAACGGGGAAAUCUUGCUUUAUCCAUAAUGUUAAUGCUGAAUCAUCUCAUUUAAGCCAUCUGGACUCGACAAGAUGGAAUCUCUCAAUAUGGAAAUUACAGGUCAUUUUUUCUGAGCCAGCUUUAACAUUUGACUAGAUCAAACAAUGAAUACAAGAGUUUUAUUUUAUUAAUAUUUGUUAUUAUGAGGCAGUUCCCACAUAAUGUAAAUGUGGUUUGCACACGGAAACUGUCCUAAUGUUGCCAUAACAAUGACACCGACUGCCAACAGUACCAGACACACUAGCCAUUGGCUAAGAAUAAAAAGCCACAAGACAAGAGCACAAUUUUUACGCCAAGUUAUAAGAACACAAUUAUGAAAAAGCCAUGAAUUAAUUUUCAGCUUGAAUGACCACUUAUUGUAUACACUGACUGACCUGUGGUUGAAACAACACAAUUUCUUUGCUGAUUUUUAUAUGAAAGUGUCAGAAUUACUUAAAGUAAUUGACGAUAGCAAUAUAAGUCAUCUUACAUGGUGUGAAUGGCUACCACAUACACAUUCAGUAAAUGAGUCCUUCCCACAUUAAUGCAUCCUACAUACAGUCUGUAUGGUACGUCUUCCCAUUCAAACAUUCCCUUCUCACUGCAUAUGUAGCUGUAUGGACACAGUUUUAGUGUUUCUAUUAAACAAACACCCACACUUAUCUACCUUUUCUCUUGAUGUUACCGCCUCUGAAAAAAAUCAUUAGCCUAUUGUUUGUUUUCAUCCAGUAGAAAGCGGGAAGGCGAUCAUCUUCAUACCAUUAGCUAUACCACAUUAGAUACUUUUCUAUGUACAGUUCAUCUUACUAAAACUGUAUACACCAAUUAAAAAUAAGCUAGGGGUAUUGGGGUUUGGGUCUGGGGAUCCAGAUGGAUAUUAUGAGUAUUCUCGAGGAAAGAGUAGUUGCUACUUGCAUGUUUAUGCUGCUUUUACUGUAGCAUUAUGCCCUGUAGAAAGCCCUGUUUUUCCAUAUGCAUGCUUAAGUAAAAGAAUGCAUGAAUAGGACGAUCUGCAGUAACUUCUCUUCACAAAGGUGCAGUGAGUGACUUACUGAAAUCUUAAGUGACUUUAGGUUUUAAAAUGAAUCUAAAGUUUUCAUUGCUUAGGUUUGAGAAAAAGGUAUAAGUGCAAUAAAUACUGAAACAAGGCUGAAGUUUUCAUGGAGGAGGCUAUAGGAUGCAGCUUAUUGAAGGAAAGAAUUAAGCAAUCGUUCUAUAAAUCGUCUAUUAUUGAAAUAAUGAAAUAAUCAUACGAUCCUUUUUGAAAAGGGAGCGGUAGCUGCAGCUCAGGUUGGACUAAGCUGCUCUGCGUUGUGAAAUCUUGGCAGGUACAUUGCCCAACAGAACAGAGGGAGAAAUAUAUGAAAGACGAAAGCAAUAUGACACACACUGACACUCCACCAAAUCAAAUACACACACACACACACACACACACACACAGUGACAUAAUUCAUUCUGCUCGGUAAGGCUAUGGAAGUACAAAGGACACUGCACUGCUGAGCUAUUCGCAUUGACCCCUCUAUGUACACAGAAAGUCCAACGGGAAAUCUUUUGAUCUGACAACCGACGUGGAGCAAGAGAAUUUGUGUGAAUCAUAAAGUCUCUCAGCUGAAUGCUUUGAAAGAUUUUGCAGUUGGUUAACACAGAUUUAUAUUUGUGAGGAUUGAUGUACAGUUUGUUUGCGAUUUAAAAAAAGCAAACUUUAAUUUUGUAAUGUAAAAUGUAGAUGAUUAUAUAAGUUACCCAAAGAUAUAAAGAGACAGACCAUAUGUUCUACACAAGGUUUUAUUCAAUCAUUAAUAAAUUGACUGAACUAAUUAUAUUAUUCUUGUCUAAUUUGUUUUGUCUCUGUCACUUAUAUUUGCCAAAUCCAAACCACUAUAAAGUGUGUACACAGUAUUAUAUUUUGCUCCAAUCAUUCACUUCAAAUCACUUGUACAGGGGCUUGUGAAGGCUGUUUUAACCUUAUCAUUAAAUCAGUUCCAACAUAUGUGACACCACCACAAACAUGCUAUCCAUAGUUCUUAAUUAGAGUAGUUAAUCAUCACAUUGGCUUAAUUUGCAUAUUAUUAUGUACUGUGCACAGUGAUAGGAUAGCAACCUGCCACUGACACCACGGUCUUACAUAAUAGUGCACUAGUGCUACGAACAGACAAUCAGUGUGCCAACUCAACAUUAAUUCGGCAGGUGUCCGAGGCAACCAGAAACAUAAAAGCACUCAGCUGUGAAAACGGAGAUUACUCUGGAGUUACGACACGUGUUAGAAUAGUUCCGAACCACUUGUGCUCACUUAACACAAACUAGAAAUAAAAACACUUAUUACACAGUAUUAUUUAUAAAUUACAUAGUUCA